AUGACUUUAUCAGGGUACUCAGACACGUUUGGCAUUCUGUACAUGAUUAUCGGAAUUUUUGGUUCAGUAUGUAAUCUGGCAACUGCUUUAAUUAUAAUGCGUUAUCGCAUCUAUCGACUUUCUGCCUAUACACUUAUGGCUAAUAUUGCAAUAGCUGAUACAGUGAUCCUUAUUCUUGCGGGUUUUAUUUGUGGUUCUGUCCUUUUGCAAGCACCUCGGUCUCAGUACGUUGCCGUCAACAGUUUAGGUCCUUGCUUUACUACUUCGGACAACGCAAAUUCGACAAAACCUGAAAACCAGACUAAAUUGCUGUUCGUAGAAUAUCCGCGAAUGUCACAAUAUGACAGCAUGCUGGCAGGAUCAUCUAGUCUUUCUGAAACCGAUGCAGUUGUUUGGAAAAGUAGAUUUAACGUAGUGCUCUCUUUCUGCGGUAUUGCUGCCUGGAUCACGAAUGGUUUUAGUUAUGCUUUUCUUGGCCUUAAUCGUUGUGUCGCAAUAUGCUUCUUUCACACAAAGGCUCGGGUUCUAAACACAGUUAGAAACGCUAUUGUUGGGUCAUCUAUUGCAUGGAUAAUUGGAAUCAUUGUUGCUGCUACUGCUACAUUUCCUGAACCACUCCUCAGCGUCCGCAAAGAUUUAUGGACAAUAAGUUUGGUGCCAACAGAAUGGAAGAAACAAGGUAACGCAGAACUUACGCUACAGUUCUUUUAUCCUUCGGUAGUCUGCACUACAGCAACAUUAGUUUACCUAGCCAAACCAUUUAUGGUAUCAUCAAUGCCACAGUGGCUCUUAAUACUGAAACACGUGAUAUGGCUGUUGGGACAUUCUUGUAAUCCCUUGAUUUAUGCUUAUUACAACGAGUGCAUGCGAGAAUCAUACCGCAGCUGGCUGACCUGUGUUCCUCUUCGGAUGCACUUCAAAAGAUCACCUGUACCAAGACCUUCUGUCGAUCUGACUGGCCAUUUGAGGCGAACUUCACACAUACAUACCAAGAACAGUUUGGUCCGAAGCAGUUUACAAGUGCAGAGUCGUAACUUUGAACAGCUAUGCCAGUUUAUGACAAAAAUCAACCUAAGUUCUGAGACGCAUGAAGGGUGGAUUGACGACAGCAAUGAAAUGGAAGACGAGAUAUGA